AAGCAGUAGAGGCCCCGGAAAUUCGCAAAAGAUCGCCGCGGCUUCCAAUCGAAUCCCCCCUCCCCACUCCUUUCCUUCCGCCGCAAGCCGCCGCCGGCCCCCGCCGCCGCGCCCGCCAUCCUCGCCCACGAUGGGAUCCACAUGCCUGUCGUGCGGCGAGAGCGCGGUGAUCCCGGACCCGGACUCCGGCGUCCACGUCUGCACCUCCUGCGGCGUCAUCGACGACGCCGGCGCGGCGGAGUUCGUCCACCAGGCCACCUUCACCGACUCGGGCGGCCUCGACCUCCGCGUCUCCAGCCUCGUCCGCAACACCUCCGACUCCGCCUACCGCGACCAGAAGCUCGCCGGCGCCACCGCCGCCAUCACCUCCAUCGCCACCCGCCUCGGCCUCUCGCCGACCCGCGCCGAGGAGGCGCUCCGCAUGGCCAAGUCCGCCACCGACGGCCAGCUCGCCACCCCGGGAUCCGCCUUCCUCCCCGCCCUCGCCGCUGCCUGCUCCCUGCUCGUCGCGCGCUCCCACCGCCUCCCGCUCUCCCUCGCCGAGGCGGCGGAGGCCGCGUUCUGCUCCGUGCCCGCCCUCGCCGACCUGGUCUCCCGCGUCGCCGCCCAGCUGUCCCUCCCUCCCCUCCCGUGCUUCGACUACGCCGCCGCGCUCGAUCGCGCCGUGCACCUGUCGCCCUCGCUCACCGCCGCCGCGGGCGAGAAGACGGAGGCGAUUCUAGCACAGGCCCGGUUCCUCCUCCGCUGCGCCUCCAAGUGGUCGCUCACCACCGGCCGGUACCCACUCCCCCUCGUCGCGGCGCUGGUGGCCUUCUCUGCUGAGGUGAACGGGGUCACCUCUCUCUCCGUCCAAGACAUUGCUCAGGACAUCUCCGCCGGAAUCAAGACCAGCAUCCGUCGAUACAAGGAGCUCGUUGGUGCGCUCGUGCAUGUCGCCGGGAAGCUGCUUCCAUGGGGCGCCGAUGUCAAUGCGAAGAACCUGCUCCUUAACGCACCAGUCCUGCUCAGGCUCAUGGAGAUGAGGUCACAGUCAGAUCCUUCUGAAGAGUUUCUUGAGAGCUUCGCUCCAAACAUCGCUGGCAUUGUGCAGGCAUACUCUUCUAUCGAUGACGACGAGUCCAAGUACCUUCAGAUUGCGCCCGUUGGUGCUGAUGAUUUCGAUUUCGAUAAUUUUCUGCAAGAGGGGAAAGAAUUUGAGGAUCAGAAGAUCACAGAGAAGGGUCUAUCAGAUGCUUACCAAAAUGUCUUAAACAGGCUUGCCCAGCUACAGAAACUUGGGAAGGUCAGUAAAGGUGGUGACAAGAGGAAGCUGUGGAAAGGAACACUGGAGCUGGAGCCAUGGAUGGACAGUGUGGAUGAUGGUUGGAAAAGGGACAUGCAGCUUGAGGAUGUGGUGGAUAUUGACAUCGGAUAUGAUGCACCUCCACCAUCGUUUACUGCUGGAAUGAAAUUGAAGAAGAAGAGGAGAGCCCGUAUUGAAGCUGCUAAGCAACGAAUUGAUGCGAUUAGGAAGGCCCCUGCUGCUCUAGCUGCAAGCACCAAUCAUUUACAGCCUGGUGUAAGAAAUGAAGAUGUCUGUCCUCCACAGAAAUUGGCCAAGAAGAAACGCCGGGGAAAGAGGAUGGAUGACAUAGAUCGAAUCUUACUUGAUGACAAUUUGGCAGAGAUGCCGGAUAGUCCAGAUGGCAGGAAGAAGAGACGAAAAAGAGGUUCCUGUGACAGUAUUGAUUGGGAAGAUUGCAUUAUUGAGCUCCUGUUAUUACAUGAUGCAAACGAAGCAGAGAUAGAACAAGGCCAAUACAGAAGAUUGUUGGAGUUGCAUGUAUUCAGUGCAGUAAGUGGAGGAAGAUUGAAAAAUGGUGAUGCAGCGUCUCAAGUCUUCAGUACAUGACCACAAUUUUGCUCAAUGAACAUAGGUUCUUACUGUUCUGUAUUUGCAUUCUUUUAGAAAGCUCGUGCUAAUUGCUAAGUGCAAUUUUGUGAAGUUCAAUUGUGGGAAGAACAUAUUGUGAUAGAGAAAUGAUAACACACAACUAUUGCUUUUGUUCUUCUGUGCUAAUACUGAUAGAAAAGUACAGGUUAAGAAUGAUAUGGCUCCUAACAAUUCCAAUUACUUAGAUGACCUGGAGUUGUGUAAUUUUGUACAUUGCUAUAUGACUUAUGAAUGACAUACAUUUUAGUGUUGCAUUCAGAAUGUUUUAUUACUAAUAUGAGUGUGUCACAGCUGAAGCCACUAAGUGAAAACUUAGGUUGGUGCAAUGUCAUUUCUGAAGUUUGUGUUCAAAUGGCAUGUUAGUUGGAACUGGUUUAUGAUGUGCCUUUUCUAGUAGAUAUUUGAUGUGCAUUUGGAUUUCAACAUUAGUUUCAAAUUUUAAACAAAAUAUAUGCUACUCAAAUUGCUUCAUUGAUGUUGAACAUACCCUUUUGGAUGGAAAGAUCAUUUGGUGUUUGAUCUUGGAGAACAGGCCUGCUAUCCCUCUUCUUAUCUGUCUACGUUGUUGCGUAGUCCUUGUAUAGCUGAAGUUUUCUCCAAAGGACUGGCUCCUAAUUUAUUCAUGUGCUAUUCCAGUACUCAACUGAAAUGUGUUCUUCAUUGGUCAAUAUUCUAGGGUGUAAAGUUCUGUAGAUAGAGUUUCUAGAGAAUCUAUCUAUACUAUAAAAGUUGAAACAUUCUAAAUCAUUUUUCACAAAGAAUUAACCUACCCACCCUCUCACAAAACAUCUCUUAAUGACCUAGAUGUAAGGGGUCAAAAAGCAGUUUACUAUGCUCCAGGUAAAGCAUUAUCCCUUUAUUAAGUGAACUUACCAAAGUUAUGGAUGUCCAAAUAAUCAUCAUGUUUGUGCUAUGCAGACAUGGCCUGUGCGCUCACCAAGGCCUGUUGCAUCAAAGCUUGCUGCUGAUACACCUCUCUUAAUAGGACAGCUGGACAGCGUGUGCUCGAUGCAUUGUUUCCCUCAGUGCUUGGAGGGACAUGUGCUAUUCCUGCCGCGUUUGGUUGUGGAAAAACUGUCAUUAGUCAGGCACUUUUCAAAGUAUUCCAAUUCGAAGCUCUGGUUUAUGUGGGCUAUGGGGAAUGAGGGAAUGAGAUGGCUGAGGUCCUUAAGGAUUUUCCUUAAUUGACAAUGACAUUGAAGGAUGGACGUGAAGAAUUAGGCAUGAAAAGAACAACUCGUGUGGCUAACACCUCAAACAUGCCUGUUGCUGCUUGUGAAGCAUCCAUUUAUACAGGUAUACUUAUAGUCUUAUUACGGUUAUGUUUCAUUCACUUGUAUAGGCACAAGUUCUGCCUCCGGAUAUUUUUCUUGACCAGAUUAUUUUUGCUUUUCAACAAACAAUAAUACUCAAAGUAUCAUUUUGAGAUGGCAUUGUUGCAAGCUUGUAUUGCCUACUUAUGAACUAUCAUCUAUCUGUGACUACAUGCUACCUCUCAGUUCUUCGAGAUUAAAUCUGAUUUCACAAUGAGCUGCAUUGAUCACCUAGAUUUCUAUGUUUUAAUUGUGCUGAGUGCUUGGGAACUUGUCCGCAACAGAGAAGGUCCUGUCAUUCAGUUUAGAAACAAUAGGAGCCAGAUAAGCUGCAAUGACCUUUUGAGGUCCAUUUGAGCUGUACAUAUUGAUGAUUCCUUUGAAAAAAUAAUAGGUCCAGAAGUUAAUUCAUGAGCUGGUAUGUUUUAAGAAUCACCCUAAACUUGCUUGAAAUAGCUAGCAGCUUGAUGAAGGACACCAAAGAUGCUCAAAUGCUGAGUAGGAAUCUAGCUGCAGAGUUUCUUGCUCAGAAGUGCCCUGCUGGUGAACCAGAAAUAAUUAACACAGUUUGUGGUGGCAUUUGUGAAAUCCAAUUAGGUAAACCUCAUCUCAGAUUACUGCCAGGAUUGUUUUCUAUUUUAUUUAGUUAAAUGUCGGGGCACCAUGAUGCUUUUCUUCUCUUUUUUGUUUUUCGAUGUAGCAGUGCGUAUCUGCCAUUAGAAAUUGUUAGAUAACAUUUGACUGAUUCAAACUCAAGCUAUAUUAUUUAGUUAUACGAGGCCUCAAAAUCAAAUAUAGCUAAGGCUUCAAUGAAUAGAACUUACGUUCACUGUAACCAUAGAGCUGGGUAUAUGAAGAGCAAGUAUCUUGGAACGGUAUGUACACAAAAAUUAAUGUUGCUUUCUUUUGACUUCUGAAUUGGAUUUGAUUGCUUUGGGUAUUUGCUCUUUAAUUGAUGAUUACUAUUUCAGUGGAGAGGAUCGAUGUUCUAUAUAUUGCUUUGGGUACUAUUGCGAACUAUAAUGUGGCUAAGCUUUGGAGCUGCUACUUGACAAUCUAGAACAAAACAUAAACUUCAGUAAGGUUGUGGUCGUCUGCCCGUCUCAGAGAGCCUCAGCGAAAUGGCAGUAUCUAUUGGAAGAUGGGAAGCCAGAUCUAUUGUGUCCAACCUGCAGCAAUUUUGUUUCUCUGAAUUCAGUCAUGGAAGCUCACAGACAAGAUCAAAGAGGCAAUAUUUCCACUGUCCUCUGCUUUUUACUCAGGUGAAACUCUUGGUGCAGAUGUCUUCGUUUCUUGACCAUGUUUAUGCUGUUUCCAUUCUUUUCUUGGUUCCCCGUGUCAAGAAGGUAACGGUUUGUACAAGGGUUCAUUACUUGAGCCGAAAUAAGGGAGUAAACUGUAAGCAUGAAUAAAGCAUUUUUGUUCAAUAGUUCAGAUUCAAUUGUUGCCAUAUUCCCAUAUCCUUACAUUGUCAAAUGUCAAUUUAGAUGUCUAUCAUAUCACAUUGUGUUAUAUCCUAUGAAGCUACCUCAUUUUAUAAACUAAUAAGCCUGUUGCGUUCUAAAUAAAAUAUUUGCCAAAUUUGUUAAAUUUUCAGCCAUAGUGUCGACGGAGGAGGCGCCCCUCAGCACUCGUCUCCCAUCUCCAUUUUGUAGCAUACUUGUUGAUAAAUGGGCACCUUCUACUCUCUACUAUGUUCUUUGCAUAGUUUUGUACUCGGCUUCAAAUGCUUUUAAAGGUGAUGCUAUAUAACUCCACUGCCAAUAAAAAUGUUUUACUAAUGGUCGCAGGAUGUGUUGUCAAAUUGGUUGGAGCAAAGAAUUGAGCUGAUGUAAUUACUUAUUAAUGGUCACGUGAUGUCAAAUCUUUUUGUUGUCAAAUUGGUUGUACCCGAGAGUUGUGUUGAUGGCAUUUCACAUGACGGGCUAAUGAUAAUGCCUGAUCUGGUUUGGGAGGUCAAAUUGAUGGGAGGAAGAAGAAACAUGAUACUCUGUUUGAUAUGAAACUUCCAGAACCAAUAAGGUGCAAAAUCAAUGGAAGGAAGAAACAUGUUACAAUGACUGCAAUGCCGUUGGAUUGUAGCAUGAAAAGUAGGUUGACUUGGUACUUGCAUAAAAGUCAAUCAAAUUGAUUUAAAAAUAUUGUAUUCAUGUACACAGUUUGUUUAGGGUACAAGUAAUGCAUCUCAUGGUACCAACAAUAUCGUUUUCAUGCUCAAACUUAAGGUAUAGAUAUAAAUUUGUUAAUUGGGUAAGGGAUCAACAUAUUGCGAUGCUUUGUUAUAUCAGUUUUGAAUGUCAUGUUAUUUAAAUAUAAUUAUUCUUUAAACAUGUGAUAUUUUUAAAUAUAAAUAUUCUUUAAACACGUGUCUGUGGCACGUGCAUCUCCACUAGUUUGAUAAAUUGCCAAAAGAUAAUGUACAGGCAGUCAGGCACUGUCAAGGGAGUAUAGUCAUCUUCCUGCAUGACAUUGAAAAUUUAAAUAGCACCAGCUGUUAUACUGUUUGUUAUUAAGAGUGAAUCCAUAUGACAUCCUUGGUUCAUGGUUAUUUGCCUUCCAGUUAAUUUGUAAAUCAAUAUCCAUCAGACAUGCAAGAAGGUAAAUCAGAGAGGGACAAGAGAACCAGUGAAGGGAAGGAACACUUAGUGCACGGCGCACCUGAUAAGUGGCAACAUGCCUUCAGAGCAGACGAGGACUGCGGUUAACUGAUUAUGCAGUUGUUUCUGUAGGCUAUUUGGAAAUCAGUUAUGGUUAUUACCUGUUACUUCCAGGUUUCAGUUGUGCCUUUUACUUAAUUGGCCUCUUCAGUCUGCUGCUUUGAUCAGGUCACCGCUGCAAUUAAUUGCACAUGGAGAUUAUACCUUGAGGAAUCGGAUGCAACGGAGGUAAGGACCAAUUACAGGCACGAUUCCUGGUCUCAAUCUUCCAUUUUGAAGCAAGUCUUGGCUUGUGUUAAUUCUGUUCCACAGUUACAACUUCUCUGGUAUUCCUCUCAAAAAAAAAAAACUUCACUGGUAUUUAUUGUGAUGUUGGAGCUGACUUGCUAUUUGGAGCUUCUUGAAGUCAGCUGGAUGAAGAAAUAAUCAUCAGCGUUGUCAGGCCCUCUAGUGGUUGAAGGCAGUGCAGACUUUUCUGAUUUCCCCAUCGUUUCCGGUCUUCACUCCCAACCUCCCGAGCUUGAUCAUGGCGGCAACAAAAGCAUCAAAGAACUCCUUCUGGUUCCCGGCGAACCUGUCUACGAUGUUCUUGGUCGCACCAUCUGUGUACAGCACCUGGUCGGAGGUGAAGAGCCCCAGCCCGUACUGGAGGUUGGUGUAGUAGUUGUUGUCGAAGGUGAUGGGGCUCACAGGGUCCAUGUUGACGGCGAUGGUCUCGCCGACGUUAGGCGGGCACGCCUGCUUGAGCUGCUGCGCGUAGUCGGGGUUGAAGGAGGGGUCCGUCGGCGUGCUGCUGCUGUAGUUGUACAGCCGGUUGAGGAAGCGGGUGCAGUGCGCGAAGCCGACGGUGUGCGCGCCCGAGAGCGCGACCAUGUCAUCCGGGGAGAAGCCGCUCCUCUGAAACAACGGGGAGAGCUCCUUGACGUGCAUCUUUGGGUCGGGCAGCUUGCCCUUGACGUCGCUGGCCCUGGAGACGAGGCCGUCGCGCCGGCCAAGCUCGACGGACCAGUAGGGGCCUUUCGACUGCGGCAGUUGAAGGUGAUGGGAUUCAGGUGAGGACGGUGAAGUGAAGGGGGGAUUGGUUUUUGCUGAAGGCAGCUGGGUGUUUACCAGGAAGACGACAUCUCUGGCGGCCAGUUGUAUGAUGUCGGCGCAGGAGACCACGCCGGGGCAACUCCUCUCGACGGCGGUCUUGACUCGGUUGAUCGUGUCGAAGCCGUCGCCGGCGAGGGAGUCGUUGUCCUCGGCGUCCUUCUCGGCGUCGUUCUUCUUGGACGAUAUCAGGACGGCGGCGUCACAGCCCUGUAGUUCAAAGAGAGCGGAAGGGGUUACUCACAAUGUUUGUUUUCCUCUGUACUUACUGCUUGAUAAUGUUCAGUAUGGCAAUAAAUAAAUAAAUUUUGCUUGUAUAUAUAUGAGGUUCGAAAUUUGGAUAUGAAAA